AUGUGGAACCAAGGUGUACCGGACGCUACGGCACAGUUCAACGUGCUAGACUCUUUGUUUAGAUCACAUGGACUUCUUCAGAAGAAAAUUGCAGACGCCAUUCUCGGUUUUAGCACCGUGAACUGGACGGAUGUCUCCAUUCCCGCCCAACCUACCGGCAACAUCAGCCAGCAGUGUCAGAAAGAUGUUGCACAGUACGAAGCAGACUUGUUCCAAGGGAAGAAUUACGCUCUUCAAACUGCUCCCCUCUCCGUCCCUCUCUCUCUUACAGUGCUGGACUCAGGCGGAAAACCACCCAGUGGAAUCUUGAACGGGAACUUGUUUUGGCUGGGCAGCUACUCGCAAUGCGUGAACAUCACGAGGAAAGGCUUCAACAUCACCUUCGACGGGAAGUUCUACCUGGCCACGCUGGUACCUGUACCCCAAGCAAAGCAAUCUCAACAACUUACAGAAGGUGUGCCCAUCUUGCCCGGUUCGCCACUAAACUUAAUACUCGGCGUCUGUGUACCCAGCUCCUGCAGUCAACAUGACGUCAUUCAGAGACUAGAUGGGAGUAUCUACUGGCGUUUCCUUGUCCAACACGGAAUACUUCAGGUGACGUCAGCCUAUUCACAGGAAUCCCCACCUAUCCAGAGCGUCACCAUUGCUGCAAUCUGCAUCUGUGGUGUUAUUCUCUUCCUCCUCACAAGUGGCACCAUUUAUGACGUCAUCAUUCACCAACCAAGACUGUUGUUGGUCAAAGCUAAGAAGGAGAGUGAAGCACAAGACCAUGACAUUGCCAUGGACGUUUCCGCACCCGACGAGAAAACGCCGCUGGUGAACAAGACCCCACGUGACCUCACUUCAGCUCCAACAGAAGGUAUGACCGUCCGUAUCCUCCUGUGCUUCUCCCUCUACACCAACAUCGGGAAGCUGCUCAGCACCAAACAGGCGCCCGGCAGCAUCAGGUGUCUCCACGGCAUCCGCUUCAUCAGUAUGACCUGGGUCAUACUGGGGCACACCUACUAUUUUGGAACUUUCGGCCUGGCACUAAAAGCAGACAACUUGCUGGAAUCUUCUGAGAUCAUGCAAUCAUUUACGUUUCAAGCCAUCAGAAGUGCCACCGUUUCCGUAGACUCUUUCUUCUUUCUCAGUUCCAGUGGACUCCUGAUGUCAUAUCUUCUACUAAGGCAGAUUGGAAAGAGCAUAGAGAAAGGAGAAUCCAUUCCGUACGGGAUGUUGUAUUUCCACAGAUAUUGGAGGUUAACACCUACCUACCUGUUCGUCAUGAUGCUGUGGACGUGGGUACUUCCUUAUAUGUUCUCUGGUCCCUUCUGGCCGCCAGCUCCCAUUGAUCCAAACUGUGGACAAAACUGGUGGACGAACCUGUUGUAUAUAAACAACGUGGUGAACAAUGAUAAGAUGUGUAUGGGCUGGACCUGGUACUUGGCCAAUGAUAUGCAGUUCUUCGUCAUCGGAGUUCCUCUCGUCUAUGCAGUGUACAGAUGGAAGAAACUGGGGAUUGCCCUGUUGCUGACCCUCCUGUUGGUGAGCUUCGUCACCACAGCAAUCAUCUGUCUACAUUAUCAUUUUACCAUAGCGACUGGGGACCAAAUCCACUACUAUUUCGUGCCGUACUGUCGUAUCGGACCGUACCUGGUAGGGGUCGCUGUUGGCUGGCUGCUGACUAAGAUGAGAAGGAAAGAGACAAGAAACACGACGUUGAGCCUGUUGAUGCCCAUCGGUUGGCUCGUUGCUGCUGCCUCUGCCAUGGCAGUGCUGUACUCAACAUACGGUCAGUACAGCGGGACAACUUUCCAGACUGAGUCGGAGAACGUGCUGUACCUGACUGUCCAUCGUACCGUCUGGGCCAUGGCGGUUGGCUGGAUGGUUGUUGCAUGCUAUUAUGGAUACGGCGGUUAUUUGUUCACUGCAGGAGUGGUGCACAUCAUCCUCUCCUGGGACGCCUGGGUGCCCCUGAGCCGACUGACCUACUGCGCCUACCUUGUACAUAUCCUAGUCAUGUACGCAGUACACCUAACCCGGGAGGUCCCCAUUCACUACUCUACCUUCACUAUAAUCUAUUUCUUCUUGGGGCACUUGGCUGUGUCGUACGGUGUGGCGUUCCUGGUGUCUGUGGCAGUAGAAACACCAUUGUUGGGACUGGAGAAGAUCAUCUUCAAGAAAUAGCACAAGCAUCAUCAGUUUAAAGC